AUGAAACUAUACGUUUUCAUCUUCUGCAUAAUCCGAGUUGCAGAAUCUUGUACUCCUGCUAUUAGUGAGAUAAUAAAAUAUUUUAUUCAUAACCUAAUGUCAUUUUCAGGUUCCCCAGUAGCCCUUCUUCCACCUGCUGCUCCACCAAUAACAUUAUUAUCCAGCCCACAACUUCCGCCUAUAGCCUUCCAAGUGGAUCAACCAAUACCACAAUCUCAUGAUUAUGCAGAUGAGCCGGUGGAUAUUCAAAAUCAACCUAGCAAUCGUAUUCAUAUCAAACCAGUGGAUAACAUCGUCAUGAACAUCACCUUCUCCCCACCGGUUCAUUGGACGUUUUGCAUUCCGAGUUGUGGGGUUAAUGACCAAGCCGUUGAUGCGGAUGAUGCGUAUGAGAAAGCAAAGGAUGAUGUGAUUGAAGCCGUCCACUCGGGAUGUGAAAACUCUGGGGUUAAAUGUCUUAUGGAUUCAGUGGAGCUUCAGUACCACCCCGAAUCUGUGCUCAUCGAGGAUUUCGGACCAUACUUUGACUUGUCUGGAAAUCGCUAUAAAAUCAGUGGAAAGACGGUUCCCUACAAAAUCAAUAAUUUGAAUCCUGGUGUUGUCCACAGUUUUGUUCUCCCGAUGAAAAUCUCCUUCAAACUAACAACACCAAUACCGGAGGCCGCUGCAAAAACCUUGAGACAAAAGGUUGUCGACUAUCUGGCAGCACGAAAAUAUGUUCACAUCUCUUGA